ACUCCAUUGCCGCCGCCCAUUCCCGGCAACAAAACUGCUUUCGAAACACAGAGCUGUCCAACCCUAGGAUGAAUAACAGAAUAAGCGUCGAAGCUUGUUAAACUCUAGCUCUCCUGCACUGGACCUGAAAUAUUCUCUUUCUCUCCCUGCAAAACAGCAAAAAAGAUGGCUCACGUUACAGAGGGGGCGACAGAACAUGUGGAGGCAGUUCGCUUUAGCUUCUUAACAGAUGAAGAAGUGAGGAACCUCAGUUUCAAGAAGAUUACAAAUCCGACUAUAUUCGAUAACGUAGAGAGACCACUGCCUGGUGGUCUGUACGAUCCAGCAUUGGGUCCAUUGGACGACAGGACACCUUGUCAAUCAUGUGGUCAGCGUUCAUUCCACUGUCCAGGUCAUUGUGGCCAUAUUGAUCUUGUAUUACCAGUCUACAACCCACUACUAUUCAAAAUUCUUUUUGCUCUUCUACAAAGAGUUUGUUUCUUUUGCCACAAAUUUAAGGCUAAAGAGGAACAGGUUCAGAAAUAUGCUUCUCAACUGGAGCUCAUAAUAAAAGGAGAUGUUGCUGGGGCUAAAAAUUUAGAGUCAGUGUUGGCUAGUGAAUCCUCAUUCCCAGACAAACAUGAAUUGACUCACAAGACAAGUGAAUCCUCAUCUUUGGAGGAAAAUGACUUGACUCACAAGACAGAUACUGCCAUUCAUUCUGUUGAUCAGAACUGCAACCCCAUGCAUUUGCAAGAGCACCAUUGGACUUCACUUCAAUACAAGGAGGCAAUGUCCGUGUUGGGUGACUUUAUGAAGGACAAGCAUAGCAGGUGUCAAAACUGUGGUGCCAAAAGUCCUAGUAUAACCUGUCCUACUUUUGGUUGGUUUCACAUGAACAUGUCAAAUGCUGAUAUUAGAGCAAACGUUUUAAGAGGGUGCAAGCUGAGUGAUACAUUUGUUCAUGGAGCUGCACAAAGGUCUCACACUGCUGAAGCUGAAAAUGUUGAUGAUGUAUUAGCAAGGGGAGAUGAUGCUGAUAUUUUAGAAUCUUCUGGAGCUGUCUCUGAUGGAACACUGGAAUUUGUGACAGAAACAGACAAGAAAAUAGGAGAGCAUAUUCCUCCUGAUUUCUUUAGUCAGAGGAAGUUCUUAUCAGGACCUCUCUUGCCACCAGAGGUAAAGGAGACUAUGAGGCUUUUGUGGAAAAAUGAGGCUCGGCUAUGCUCUCUUAUUUGUGACAUUCAGCAUGAGAGAUUACAUGUGUCUGGGAUGAAUGCAAGGCAUUCGAUGUUCUUCACUGAGGCUCUUCUCGUUCCUCCUAUCAAGUUUCGCCCCCCAGCCAAGAGUGGUGAUUCUGUGAUGGAACACCCCCAAACUGUUUUAUUAGGGAAGGUAUUACAAUCCAAUAUUGCUUUAGGCAAUGCACAUGCCAAUAGCUCAGACCGCUCAAAGAUUAUUCCUAGGUGGAUGGAUCUUCAACAAACUGUGAACAUAUUAUAUGAUAGCAAGACUUCGGGUCAAAGAGACAAUACAGCUACUGGAAUAUGUCAGCUGCUGGAAAAGAAGGAGGGAAUCUUUCGCCAGAAAAUGAUGGGAAAGAGGGUUAAUUAUGCAUGUCGGUCCGUUAUAUCUCCUGAUCCUUAUUUAGCAGUAAAUGAAAUAGGGAUUCCUCCCUAUUUUGCAUUAAGGUUAACCUAUCCAGAGAGGGUAACUCCUUGGAAUGUUAACAAACUGAGGGAUGCUAUUAUUAAUGGUGCUGAGCAUCAUCCUGGAGCUACUCACUAUGUAGAUAAAUUGGCAACUGUUAAGCUUCCACCAAGCCGAAAAAUGCGUAUGUCUAUUUCAAGAAAGCUUCCUUCCUCGAGGGGAGCUGUUACACAGCCUGGGAAAAAUUUAGAGUACGAAUUUGAAGGCAAGGUUGUCUAUCGCCAUUUGCAAGAUGGUGAUAUUGUGCUUGUCAAUCGACAGCCUACACUCCACAAGCCAAGUAUAAUGGCACAUGUAGUUCGUGUUUUGAAAGGGGAGAAAACAAUACGCAUGCACUAUGCUAAUUGCAGUACAUAUAAUGCUGAUUUUGAUGGUGAUGAGAUGAAUGUUCAUUUCCCACAAGAUGAAAUUUCACGUGCAGAAGCUUUCAACAUUGUAAAUGCAAAUAAGCAAUACGUUGUUCCAACUAGUGGUCAACCUAUCAGAGGCUUGAUUCAGGAUCAUAUUAUAAGCGCUGUACUUCUUACAAAGAGGGAUACAUUUUUAACCCGGGAUGAGUUCAGUCAGCUUCUAUACAGCUCUGGUGUCUCAGCUACUGCACUAGGAUAUUUUGUGGGAAAACCAGGCCAAAAGAUUUCUACCAUAAAUUCUGAAGAGGAGUUAGAACCUGUGCUGCCUGCUAUUUGGAAACCAGAACCCUUAUGGACGGGUAAACAGGUUAUUACUGCAGUGCUAAAUCAUAUAACCAGAGGUCGUACACCAUUUAGUGUUAGAAAGGCUGGGAAAACUCCGGAAGAGUACUUUGGGAAAACAAGUGGUGAAUAUGAGUUAUUAAUUCACAAAAACGAGCUUGUGCAUGGGGUUAUUGACAAAGCACAGUUUGGUGGUUAUGGUUUAGUUCAUACAGUGCAAGAGCUUUAUGGUUCAAAUGCUGCAGGCGUCUUGCUUUCAGUGCUAAGCCGCUUAUUUACCAUUUUUUUGCAGAUGCACGGGUUUACAUGUGGAAUAGAUGAUCUUUUAAUAGUACACCGUUAUGACUUGGAAAGGAUGAAAAAACUUGAUAAGAAUGAACAAAUUGGUGAAUUUGAGCAUUGGCAGUUUGUUGGUUGUGCAGAUGGUGAUAAAGAUCCCAUUAAGCUGCAGGUGGAGAUUGAGAAGGCUAUACGUAGGAAUGGUGACUCUGCAGUUACUCGCUUGGAUAGACGAAUGUCUGGUGCUAUGAAUAAAUUAACCUCUGAAGUUAAUAAGAAUUUAUUUCCUGAGGGGUUAUGCAAACCCUUUCCAAAGAACUGCCUUUCUCUCAUGACUGCAACUGGAGCUAAAGGUGGUAUGGUUAAUUCUACACAAAUAUGUUCUUUAUUAGGCCAACAAGAGUUGGAAGGCAAACGUGUCCCUCGGAUGGUCUCUGGCAAAACCUUACCUUGCUUUCCUCCUUGGGAUCCUGCGUCACGGGCUGGAGGCUUUAUUAGUGAUCGCUUCCUUACAGGUCUUCGUCCUCAAGAAUAUUAUUUUCAUUGCAUGGCUGGUCGUGAAGGGUUGGUUGAUACGGCUGUCAAAACAUCCCGCAGUGGAUACCUGCAGAGAUGCCUUGUAAAAAAUCUGGAGGGUUUAAAAGUCUGUUAUGAUUAUACUGUUCGUGAUGCAGAUGGUUCUGUUGUCCAAUUCAUUUAUGGAGAAGAUGGUAUAGAUGUCCAUAAGACAAGCUUUCUUGAGGAAUUUGAGGCUUUGGCUGCAAAUCACAGGAUUGUUCAAGAAAGAUUCAACAAUCAACUUGACAGUGAAGUCUUGUUCAAAUAUGAUUAUAUUAAGAAAUUGCCAGUUGCACUUGAAGGUAAAGCAAAAGAUUAUAUAGACACCCUUUCAAAGAAAAAGUUGAAGUCACUUAAUUUAAGGAAGCGAAAGGACUUCAUGAAGUUAAUGAGGAGCAAGUACAUUUCCAGUCUUGCUCAGCCUGGAGAACCUGUGGGUGUGGUUGCUGCUCAGUCUGUUGGAGAGCCAUCAACCCAGAUGACACUCAACACUUUCCAUCAUGCUGGCCGAGGAGAAAUGAAUGUCACACUGGGAAUCCCACGUUUACAAGAGAUUCUAAUGAGGGCUUCAGAGAAAAUCCAGACUCCAGUUAUGACCUGCCCCUUGCGUAAGGGGAAGACAGAGGAUGAUGCUAAGCGCCUAGCUGCAAAAUUACAGAAGGUCACUGUAGCAGAUGUGAUUGAGAGCAUGGAGGUUGGUGUAGUGCCAUUCUCUGUUAAGAAACACCAAGUUUCCACUGUUUAUAAGCUAAAGCUAAAGCUCUAUCCACCUGAACUAUAUCCUCCAUAUUCGGGUAUAACUUUAAAAGACUGUCAAGCAACCUUGAAAUUUGUUUUUGUUGGGGAAAUGGAAGAUGCAAUACAAAGUCAUCUACUUAUGCUGUCGAAAAUCAGAGGCAUAACGAAUGUGGUGCACAGCACACAGUCAAAUUCUGGAGAUGGGGCAGAUGAAGAUGGUCCUACCAGCAAAUCUCAAGCAGCUGAAGAAAAUGAUGAUGCUGGUGAUGAUGAUGAUUACGAAGCACCUGAUGAUCUAGGUGCAGAUGCACAGAAAAGAAAAAGGCAAGCUACAGAUGAGAUGGAUUAUGAGGAUGAUAUGGAAAAUGAAAUAGUUAACACUGAAAAUGGGCGUAGUGAUAUAGAAGCCUCAGCUGGAUUUGAAAGCGAAAUUGAUCAAGCUGAGGUUGAAGCCGGGAAUAUUAUGGAUGGUGAAAUUCAGGUAUUUGAUGCUGAGGAUGAGGCUUCUCAGACCCCAUCACAACAUGGGACUGUCUCCAAAUCAAAAUCAAGCGGCGGAAAAGAUGAAGCAGAUGCUAGAGGAAUGACAAGGCGAACGAAAAAGGACAGUGACAGAGCAUUCUUCAUGGUGGCUGAAGGACUGGAUUUUGAAGUGCAUUUUAGAUUUACCAACGAACCCCAUAUUUUACUGGCUCAGAUUGCCCAGAAGACAGCCAAGAACGUUUAUGUUAAGAGGUCUGGAAAUAUUGAACUGUGUUCAGUGGUUGUUCCUAAGAAAGCAGAUGGCGAACCAGAAAUUCCAGAAUUACAGACUUCUGGAGUGGACUUCCCAACAUUUUGGAACAUGCAGGAUGACCUUGACAUCAGGAGAUUAAAAUCCAAUGACAUUCAUGCUGUACUCAAUACCUAUGGAGUAGAAGCUGCCCGAGCAACCAUCAUAGAGCAGGUGAAUCAGGUCUUCAAGAGUUAUGGGAUUGCUGUUAACAUCCGGCAUCUCAGUCUUAUUGCUGAUUUCAUGACACAGACUGGUGGAUACCGCCCAAUGAGCAGGUUUGGGAUUGCAGAAACCAUUUCACCUUUCAGCAAGAUGUCAUAUGAGACAGCAUCGAGGUUCGUAAUUGAAGCAGCAUAUCAUGGUGAGAUGGACAAUUUGGAGUCCCCAUCUGCCAGGAUUUGCCUUGGUCUGCCUGUUAAAAUGGGAACAGGUUGUUUUGACUUGAUGCAAAAGAUAAACAUUUGAUGUCAUGUAUAUAAAAAUCAAUUUCUGUUCUUGCCUUUAUCUUUUCCUGCUCUAAUUUGUAGGGUUCUCUCGGGAAAAAAAAAGUAAUUAAUUGUAUUGAGUUUGAUUCUUGAAUGUUGGGAAUCCCAUUUAACAGUUCCCUGUUCAGUUUUCUGAUGUAACAUAACUAAAAGUUAUUUAACUGAUUAAUCAAUUAAAUAUUUUUAAAGGAAA